AUUUUAAAUGAUUUGUGUAUGAAUGUUUCUGUAUAAUAUCGGCAUGUACUGUAUAUAUUAUCAUAUUUAUAGAAACUUGUAACAUUUUUAAUUAGUUUUCAAAUAAUGACAAACUACAUAGUAUUUAUAAAAAUUUAAUACCUAGUUGUAUAACAAUAAUAACAUCCGUUAAAUCUUCAACCGGAAAAUUGUCUCAAAAAUAAAAGAAGAAAUCAUUGGAACGUAAUUUAAAUGACUUACAAUGUUAAUGUGUGCAUAACGAGUCUGCAUUCAUUGUUGUUUUAGUAAGUACAUUUAGUGAAAAUGAAAAUUAUUAUUGUUUAUAACAAAACAAUGGUGUUAUAGAAUUCGUUUUUCGUAUAAAAAUAACGAGCUCAGGUGUAAACAUUGCAUACGCAAAUUGUAAGACGGUAAAAUGUGUCUUGGCAGGUAGCUAUACAGAACAUUUUUGUACAAUUUUCUUCAGAAAUGUCGAUGUCGUUUUUUGAAUGCGCGAUGAGACCAAAACUAAAACUAUUCAUUUUAAUAAGUUUAGCAGUACCAAUUGUCGUGCCGUCUUCGAAUCUUUCAUUUGAUACUACAAACUCAAAUACUACAAUUAACGAUAGGGCGGUUGAAAUCUUUAAAGGUAACCGUCCUUUAAGAUCAGGAACAAAACGGCAGUCCAGUUUAAAAAAACAAAAUCGACUGCUCUCGCUAUUCACAAUCGUCAAAUUUGACAACGAACCAUGUUACUCGUCGUCCGGAGACAGCGGUAUCUGCAUGACAUCUACUGAAUGCUAUCAACACCGAGGAGUGCCCAUUGGAUCGUGCGCUAAUUCGUACGGCGUUUGUUGUCUGUCUUUGUCAACAUGUGGUCAGACCAUCCGAGAAAACGGCACAUAUUUUGUGAAUGCAGGAUAUCCAGAAGGCUUAAAUAACACCGGGACGUGUCAAGUGACCAUACACAAGUUAUCUCCAUAUAUUUGUCAGUUCAGAUUGGAUUUUGAACGUUUUUCCAUUACGGGGCCCGAGCCAGUCAACCACCAAUGCGACAAUGACCAGUUCAUCGUUUCUGGUUCGAAUCCCGUACCUGUUAUCUGCGGAUUGAACACCGGUAGCCAUAUGUACGUGGAUGCAGGCACAGGCACAAGUCCAAUUAUAUUGACAAUGGUUACAAGUGGCAUAUUUUUAAAAAGAAACUGGAAGAUAAAAGUUAGCCAGAUACCUUGCGAUUCUAUUACAAAAGCCGACACGGGUUGCUUGCAAUAUUACACCGGAGUGUCGGGUACGCUGAAGUCGUUCAAUUACGAACCCUCAUCAGGCCUUCAUUUGUCGAAUCAGGAUUAUACAAUAUGCUUGAGAACGGAGCGAAAUUUCUGUUCCGUACAGUAUUCAGCCUGCGACGAUCAAAUGAAUAACAGAAGCCACGCGUUCACAUUGACGGGAAAUACGUUGGGUCAAAAUCCGGUUCAAGCGAAUGUGGGUAGCGUUGGAUCAAGUCCGUGUAAUUCUGAUUACCUAAUUAUACCAUGCGUUUCGAGUAAACAAGGGCCUGUGGCGUCUGGCAUGAAUACUUGUGUAGACAGACUAUGUGGUGGCACUUUAAAUACAGAUUACAGUACAAUUCCAACGACCGUUAUGAGUAGUGUCCGACCUUUUCGGUUAUCUUUUCACACAAAUGCUGUGGAAAUGCCAAAUGACAUGGGUAAUCGUGGUUUUUGUUUAAACUAUAUUCAACAACCUUGCAACGCUAAUUAUGCUUAAAUAUUUAAGUUUUAUUUUAUUAAAGA